ACCAUAACAGCACAACACAACACAUGCUGCAAUCCAUCCCCUCCUUCAUCAGGUCAGACCGAGCGUGAACACGCAGACGGUGCACAGCUGGAUGAUGGAGGGUUGCUAUGGAGGAUACGGUUGCUAUACCGCCACAUAAUUCGCCUAUAACAGGGAUAACAUGUAAGAAGAAGAAGGCUCGUGUGAUGAUGAUAUGCUGCAGUGCUAUUCAGUGGUGAUGAUGAUGAUGGUGGUGGUGGUGAUGAUGAUGAUGAUGGUGAUGUGCUCUCUGGAUCUUCCGCCUCACUGAGAAGAAGUUGUGAGCUCAGAGGAGAGCAGCGUCAGCUUGUCGCCUGUGGCUGAGGAGGACAAGAGGACAAGCAGAUCCACAGCAUGUUUUCUAAUUCAAGAAGACCAACUGAUAACUGGAGUUAAUGUGAGACCAGUUAUUCAGAGAUGUCAAUCACUUCCAGUUAGCGACAACUCUACAAUGAUGGGGAUAUAAAGGAGAGUCUGCAGCUCUCCUCUCAGGGACAGUCUUCUGCAGCCCUUCUCUGGUCACAGGCCUGCCUGGCAUCUCUCAUCCAUACCAUUCCUCUUUCCAUCCACCCAUCCUACCCCUUGUCAUGAAAGGCCUGUCCGGUAGUCGGAGUCACCAUCACGUGGUCUCCUACGAACCAUCGUAUGAUCUACUGGGUCACCAUGUUGACCGCAAGCCAUAUUUGAUCAGUCAGAAUGACAUGCCUGUGCCCAUCCCCAUGCCGCAUCCAGCUGAGCUGUCUUACUACAAUGCUCAGCGUUCCCCGUACCCCUCUGACAGCAACAGCAUCGUCCCAUACGGAACCUUCCCAAGGAGGUGCCACUCCACCUCCUCGUCUCACCAUCCUGAGGUAAAGGAUGAGUGUAUGGCCAUGGUACCAUAUAUAGGAGGAGGAGGGGGAGGAGGAGGAGGAGGUGGAGGAGGCUAUGGAGGUAAAACGCCCACCCGGGUACCAGCAAACUAUGCGGACCCGUUUGAGCGUCAGCCGUCAAUUUCCAGAGAUGGCUACCAUACACUGCAGUACAAACGAGGAGUGCUUGCCCACACUGGGGGGAUGGGGGCCAACAACAACAACAAUGACAGCCCGGGGAGAAUUCGCCACCUGGUCCACUCAGUCCAGAAACUCUUCACCAAGUCUCAUUCAUUGGAGGGGCCACAUCACACACAGUCCUCCAAGGGGGCCAAUAAUGGGAGCGUUAAUGGUGGUGGUGGUGGUGGAGGAGGUGGUGGUGGUGGUUCGAGGGCCAGCCCAGAAGGUGAAACUCCACCAGUGGGAGCGCGCCACCGGAAGCGCAGCAAGAGCCGUGAGCGUUGCCGAUCAGCCGAGCCCAAGCAUCGAAGCCACCACCACCACCACCACCAGCUCCACGGCUCAGCAUCUGCUCCAGGCUCCGGAUAUUGGAGCUCAGAUGACAACCUGGAACGGGAGCUGUGUCUCUACCACCCCCACCUCCACCAACCUCCACCCUCACCCUCACCCUCCAUUUCCCCCUCCCCCAUCGCCAUGACAAUGGGCCGGUACCCCGGCAACAGCCACGACAAGUUCCCCCAGACUCCCCUCCCCAGUAUGUCCUCCUCGCAGUCCCAGCAAUACUUCAUGAUGGACCCUUACGGCACACUCAACGAGCACACACACACCCACGCACACCACGCCCACACACACCACCAUUCUGCACUCAAAGUCUCCCGGAGCAACAACGACGUGAAGUACGCAGCGCCGUCGUCAUGUGUGCCAGUUAGUGGUAGCAGCAAUAACAGCGGCGGCGGUAUCGUUGGAGGAAGUGGCCCCUUGCUGCCACUGGGUCUUGUGGACGGGCCCCUUGUGAAGAAAGGGGCGUGGUCUUCAAGCCUAACGGUGAGCAGGGCCCGAGAGGUCUACACCAACAACAGCAGCCACAACCAGCUACGAGCCAGCGCAGGAUCCGGUAACCUAAACCUAGAUAGAGCUCUAGUCAAAUCUAAGGGCAGUCAGCAGCAGGAGCGCUCUUGCCAUUUCUUACAGGUACCUCAGGAUGAGUGGAGCGGCUUCUCCCCGCUGGGGAAGGAGGAGGACAUCCCCUGUCGGAGGAUGAGGAGCGGCAGCUAUGUCAAAGCCAUGGCUGAGGACGACAGCGGGGACUCUGAUGGGAGCCCCAAACCCUCGCCCAAGGUCCAGGCACGCCGGGCCAGCUACCUGAAGGCCACACAGCCAUCACUGACUGAGAUGACCACUCUACAGAUUUCCACGGAGCACUCCCCCAAACUGCAGAUCAGGAGCCACAGUUACCUGCGUGCGGUGAGUGAGGUUUCAAUCAAUAGAAGCCUGGAUACCCUGGACCCCAAAACCCUCCUCGACCCCAAAUCGCUGCUGUCCUCACCCCAAUACCGCUCACGCAAUGAAAGCUACAUGAGGGCCAUGAGCACCAUCAGUCAGCUGAGCGAGGUGGAGUUGAACGGGCAGCUCGAGCAGGUGUGCGAGCAGGUGUACAAUGCGCUGCAGGCCCAGGCCAUGGAGGCUGCCAUGGACAGCAUGGAUACCAUGGACACCCUGCCUAUGCCGGGGUGCUUCCGGAUGCGGAGCCACAGCUACGUGCGGGCGAUCGACCAGGGCUGUUCGGGGGAAGAGGAAGGAGAAGGAGGGAGGCCGCUGCUCCUGCUGCCAUCCUCCCCACCACGCUCAUCUUCCACCACCGUCAGGACCAUCCAGAGCAGCACGGUUUCAUCUUGCAUCACCACCUAUAAGAAAACCCCUCCACCAGUGCCGCCCAGAACUUCUACCUGCUCCACCUCCUCCAAGCCCUACAUCUCAAUCACAGCCCAGAGCAGCACAGAGUCUGCACAGGACGCAUACAUGGAAGAGGAGGGACCCAGAGGUGACAUGACCAUCCAGUCAGGGCUCAGUAACUCAACAGAAAGCAUUGACAGCAUGAAGGCCCUGACAGCUGCCAUAGAAGCUGCUAAUGCACAGGUCCAUGGGCCAGCCAGCCAGCAUGUCAGUAACAGCACCAUGACAGUCAGCACCCCCAUCCCAGUCCUGACCAGGAUGCCUGUUGUUGAAGAACACCGGGAUGUAUACAGGAAAGAAGCACUCAGGAAGGGCAAAUGUCUCUCCAUCGGCAUCCAGGUGGAUGGACCGGAGGAGAUUCCGGAUCUAGAGGACCCAUCCAAGUUCACAUCUGUAGGGGUGCAAGUGGAGGAUGACAGAGGGUAUCGUCGGUUCCAGCGCUCCAACAGUGUGACAGCAGCUGUACAGGCAGAUUUGGACAUGCCGGAUCUGAUGGACACCCCUCUAGACUCCCCGGACACCGACAUAGAAGUCCUGUCAUCUGGUGCCCUCUCUCGACAAUACUCCCGCGAUGCUGCCACCUCUACCGUCAGCAUCCAGGGCUCAGGGAACCACUACCACGCCUGUGCCUCCGAUGACUAUGAUGAUGUGGGCUUUGACCCGUCCAUCCUCCCCCCUCCAGACCCCUGGAUAGACAGUGUAACAGAUGACUCACUUGAUGUCAACUUCAACAGCUCUGCUAUUCUGGAGGUGGUGCAGCGGUCAGUGUGUCACAGAGAUGGACGCUGGUUUCUGAAGCUGCUGCAGGCCGAGACCGACCGCAUGGAGGGCUGGUGUCGACAGAUGGAGCUCGACCAACGGGAGAAUGACCUGCCUGAAGAUAUCCUCGGGAAGAUGAGGAGUGCUGUAGGAAGUGCUCAGCUUCUGAUGUCGCAGAAGUUUCAACAGUUCAGGGAGCUGUGUGAGGAGAAUCUGAACCCCAACGCCCACCCUCGUCCUGUGGCCUCAGACCUGGCUGGUUUUUGGGAUAUGCUUCAGCUGUCAAUCGAGAACAUAAGCCUCAAGUUUGAUGAGCUUCACCAGCUCAGAGCCAACAACUGGAGACCUCUUGAUCCCCCUGAAAGAAAGGAUAAAAUGAUGAGUGACGACAUUUCGGACAGACGAUGUCUCGACUGGUUGGUGGAGGCAUACGAACACAGAGCGGAGAGGCGGCUCCCACCUCCAGUGCCAAAAAAGCCACCCAAGGGCCCCCACCACCACCCCCCUCUGGCCAGAGACCGCUCGCUGGAGAGCUCAGAGAAACAGCGGCAGGAGGCCAGGAAGCGCCUGAUGGCCGCCAAGAGAGCCGCAUCCGUGCGGCAAAACUCAGCUACGGAGAGCGCUGACAGCAUCGAGAUUUACAUCCCCGAGGCUCAGACAAGGCUAUGAGGACACUAGCGGGGACACACACAGGGUUGACAUGCAGUACACGCACACGCCAUACACAUCACAAACAUAAACGUGUAUGGUUGUCCACGCCAAGGUAUAGGGGUGUAACCGAAUACCGAAUACUACACUUUAUUUAGAUAUGCGCAGAUCAUGCACUCUGAAACGUCAACACGUCUGCAUUUUUUCAGUGAUAUUCAACAACGCUGUCCAUAUCUCCAAUAUUAAAAAUAGCGCUCCUUAUAACUCCAUCAGAUCUUGUCACAUGAUCAUCAGAUUAAGACUUUUUCUUUAGAAUCGUACUAUCAGUUUUAACCAGAUUAGUUGUGCAGUGCAUAAUCAAGUCUGACUGCUGUUAUUUUCACCACAUAAUCAGAUAUCGAAGCCAGACACUGUGUGUGCAACUUGACAGAAGAUGAGAUACUGAAGAGCGUGUUAUAAGUGCAUGCUAAUGGGCCAAGGGAGCUUUUCAAUUUUUUUUUCUUUCUCAUUUUUAACAGACAUUUCAAAGAAGUUAUUUUAAUCUAGACCUCUUCCCUCUUGGGAAAUGUUGACCUGUUUUUUUGUCAAUAGCAUGGCUCAUUUUUAAUCAUUCAUACUUUAAACCAACUUUAAUAUUCUCACUUUAACAUUCCUCCCAUUAUAAACAAACCCUCCAGUUUUUAAAGAAAAUCAUGUAAUAUGGCCCAAUGCUAAUAUGCCCAAUGCCCAAACUCUAUUAACAGUUACAUAGCUUUUAUUAAGACUCAGCAUAGACUAACUACUGUUUUUGAAGGUGGAAUUCAAAUACAAUUCGUUUUAUCAUUUGAUUAUUUUGGGUACAUGGUUAAAUAUUAUAUUAUUUUGUUGGCAGCAUGUGCGGCUUUGCGUUACACCCUUACCAACCUAUGUGCAUUUGACUUUCCAAGACCCAUAAGACCCACGCAUGGUCAGUGCCCCUCAGCGUCUGACACCGACGCACAGAGCCACCCUUUAGCAUCGGUAUGAGACGCUCCAGGCUUUCAACUAACUCCAAUGUGAACCCAUCCACGUAAAUAUUAAACGCUCAGAGCAACUGACGUAGUAUAGAGAGCAAGAAAGUCCGCAGAGGUUGAAACCAAAUCAACGUUGACUUAUUUCACCUUAGUUUUGUCACCACGUUUGUAAGUUCCUUAUUUUACGUAACAAACGUACUUAUUUUAACCUCUUUUCCGAAACCUAACCAAGUAAACCUACGUUGGACGUUUAUUUUGAAGACACUGUUUGAACAAGCUGCACGUUUCUUGUGAACACGGAAGUUUAUUUGAAAAGACACUAUGUAUGCACCGAGCAGAAACUGACAUGUCGUCUCUAAAACGGACGCUAGAGGGUUAUAGUUUGAAGCGAAGGGCCACUGACCAAGUGUCGUUAUUUGCAACGUAUUCUCACUCCCAACUCGUCAAAUACCACCGCUUGGUCUGUGCAUUUCGGCAUCGGAAACCGACGCACGGGGUACCCCUCUUCUGUUAC